AUGGCCGUCGUUUUACGAGGAGGAAUCACCGCCGGAGGAUUUCUUCUUCGUCGCCACGACAUCUCCUCAGCAGUCAUCACAAGACGAAGAAUGUCAUCCGUCGGAGCCACAACAGGACGAAGCAUCAAUCCAACGGUUACCGUUGAACAACGUGCCACGUGGCUUCCUGGCCUAGAACCUCCUCCUUACCUCGACGGAAAGUUAGCUGGAGAUUACGGGUUUGACCCGCUCGGGUUAGGAGAGGAUCCGAAAAGCUUGAAAUGGUAUGUUCAAGCAGAGCUUGUUCACUCUCGUUUCGCCAUGCUCGGUGUUGCCGGAAUACUAUUCACCGAUCUGCUUCGUACCACAGGAAUUAGCAAUUUACCGGUUUGGUAUGAAGCUGGAGCAGUCAAAUUCGAUUUUGCUAGCACAAAAACUCUCAUAGUUGUACAGUUUUUACUUAUGGGGUUUGCUGAGACCAAAAGGUAUAUGGAUUUCGUCUCUCCAGGAUCUCAAUCUCAAGAAGGAUCUUUCUUUGGACUUGAAGCAGCUCUCGAAGGGCUCGAGCCAGGAUAUCCUGGAGGACCACUAUUGAAUCCACUAGGCCUAGCUAAGGACAUUAAAAAUGCUCAUGACUGGAAACUUAAGGAGAUCAAGAACGGUCGUCUAGCGAUGAUGGCAAUGCUAGGGUUCUUUGUUCAAGCCUCUGUGACUCACACUGGUCCUAUUGAUAACCUUGUCGAGCAUCUCUCAAAUCCAUGGCAUAAAACCAUCAUUCAAACCCUCUUUAGCUCUGCUUCUUAA